AUUGUUUCUUUUUGCUUCCAACCAAGAUGCGUAUCCAACGGCCGUUCGGUGUCCACUGAGAUAGACAUGUUGACAGGUUAAAUUCAGUUUGUACAUAUCUGAGUAAUUGCAAGUAAAACCGGUUUGCUGUGUAUAAUCGUGACGCUCAUCAUAUGUUCGAUUUCAAGUUAUGUAAAUUACUAAAAAAAACGUGCCAAACUACCGUCGAAACUUUAUGUUAACUGUUCGAAAUGGAAUGAUAUACUUCAACUGGAAAUCUCAUAUAAAAUCAGACGAACGCAAAAUAUUUAAGUUAGUUUCGUUUGAACUGACUGGAUUAAACAUCAGCAAACGGUGUGUUUCUUCUUACAACAAUUUUUUUUGGUUGUUUUGGUUUCGGAAUUAGUGAAAGUGAAUCGAAAUGACAAGGUGCUCGAUUCUACAGUUGAUGCUAGUUGCAUCGAUUGUUUUAGUUAAUUAUCUAAAUGCAAAAGCAAUAUUGAGUAAAAAAGAACCUGUUUUGAAAAUAGCUGUAAUUGGUGCCGGUGCAUCAGGUCUUGGGAGUGCGAAAUAUUCUCUUGCCCAUGGUUAUAAUGUAACAAUUUUCGAACAAGCCGAAGAAUUGGGUGGCAUUUGGUGGUAUACCGAUAAAGUGGGUAAAAAUGAAUAUGGUGUCAAUGUUCAUUCGCCAAUGUAUAAGGGAUUGAGGGCUCUUUCGCCGCAUCAAGUGAUGGAGUACAGUGACUUUGCGUAUCCAGAAAAUAGUAUUUCAUAUGCGCCACAAGCUGAUGUUUUGAAUUAUCUUAAAUCAUAUGCGGAUCAUUUCAAUGUGACGGAACACAUAAAAUUCAAUCAUCUCGUCAUUCGGGUUCUUCCAAUUGAAAACGAAAAAUGGGAGAUUAUCGUAAAAGAUUUGCUCAAAAAUGAAUUCAAAACAUAUAUUUUUGAUGUUGUAUUUGUGGCUAAUGGUCAUUCAUCGACGCCAAUCAUUCCAAAUAUUCCGGGCAUCAAUGAAUUCAAAGGCAAAAUGAUUCACAGCCAUGAUUAUCGAUCGGCCGAAAAAUUCCGUGGUGAAGAUGUUUUAGUCAUAGGACAUGGUGCCAGUGGAAGAGAUAUCGUGUAUCAACUUAGCAAAAUGGGAAACCGCGUUACGUCUAGCCAACGUCGAAACAAUGAAACGGACGAUGAACGCAACACACGUCAAAAAAAAUUACCACCACACACCAUACUCCAGGAUGAAGUAAAACAUUUCACACCAACUGGAGCCGAAUUUGUGGAUGGCACAAAUCAAACAUUCUCUUUGGUUGUCUUUGCUACCGGCUACAACUACUCGUUUCCAUUUUUGAGUAUUGAGACGGGCAUUAAUGUAGAUGAUAAUUAUGUAUCACCACUGUAUAAACAAGUUUUCAACAUUCAACAUCCUACAAUGGUGUUUAUCGGUAUUCCAUAUAAUACAUGUACAACGAGAGCAUACGACCUACAGAUGCGUUUUGCGAUGAAAUUCAUCAGUGGAGAAAAGAAAUUCCCAUCGAAAUACGAAAUGUUUGCCGACAUGAACGAACAAAUGGAAAAACACUGGAAGAAAGGCUAUAACAAAUUUAAAUCACACUAUUUGGGACCCGAACAAAUCGAAUAUUUUAAACAACUCUCCGAAACGGCUGACGUUCAAAAUGUGCCAAAAGUCAUUGUUGACAUGGAGUUUGAUUCCGGAAAAACACAAAAACUCUUGCCAUACGCAUUCCGUAAUUACAAAUAUACCAUCGUCGAUGACGAAACAUUUAUUAAGGAAAAAUUAGAAUAAUCGUUUCGUUAGCAUGCAACCAAUUACCAAGUGUUUUAAUAGCGUUAUUAUUUGUGCCAAUAAAUGCAGCAAAUGAAAAUCACAGUAUAUAAUCAA